AACCCUUAUAGCUUCCAUUUGCUCGCCAUAGCUGCUAUCCUCUUUCUGAAGCUAUCCAUCAUCCAUCUCUUCAAUUACUUACCUUCCAGUUUCCCUGGAUCAACACUUACAUCUGUCUCUGUGCCCUGAUCCAUCGACAAUCAUGCAGAUGACUCCGAUCUUCUUGAACUCAUCAUCUAACCAUUAUUGGCCCACUGAUCUUCACCAUCAAGAUGAUCACUUUAGCCACAGCAAUCAAGAAUUCUUGAGCCCUAAUUCUCAAGCUUCUUCGUCUUCGAACUCUCUCACAACUCAUAUGUUCUUAAACUCCACUGUUGUUCAUCGUGAAAAUGGUGUUUCAGAUACAGAAUUACAGCCUCUACAACCUCAACACGAGGAUGAUAAUUUUGGAUCACAAGUGUACGAGGAUGAUCGAAUCGAGAAUAACUACGAGAAAAACCACGAAUUUCCGACAUGGAACAAGAGUGAAAUGAAUGAUAUGAUCAACAAGGAUCAAAAUCAAAUGAAGUGGAUGUCUUCCAAGAUGAGAGUAAUGCUUAAAAUGAAGAAAUCCGAUCCGGUGAAUCCAAACGCUUAUCGUUCAACUACUAGAGAAGCGACGACGCUCGAAGAUCAAAAGCUACCAAAUUCGCCAAUUGAUCAAGAAACCGAAAAUUCUAGCAAUAGUACUACUUCCAACAACAGUGUACCGAUUAGGGUUUGUUCCGAUUGCAACACCACCAAGACUCCUCUAUGGCGUAGCGGACCUCGAGGUCCUAAGUCGCUUUGCAAUGCUUGCGGAAUCCGACAAAGGAAGGCCAGAAGAGCACUGGCGGCAGCAGCAGCAGCAUCAGCAGAAAAUGGCAAUGGUAAUGUUUCCAUGGAUCAAUCAAUCAUGGUGCCAUUGAAGGUUACAAAAACCCCACAUAAAGAGCACAAGAAACCAAGUAAUGGGCAUGUUACCAAGUACAAGAAAAGACAAUACACCAAGCAGAUUAUAACCAUCCCCACCCCAUCACCAUCACCAUCACCAUCACCAUUGCCGUCAUCAUCGCCGCCAUCUUCAUCUUCUCCGGUGAGAAAGAACUGUGUGGAAGAAUUUCUAGAAAGCUUGAGCAAGAACCUAACACUUUAUAGGGUGUUCCCACAAGAUGAGAAAGAAGCUGCAAUCCUACUAAUGGCACUCUCUUGUGGCUAUGCUCAUGAAAUCUGAGAGCUUAUUGGCAGCUUAUUGGCAACAGUAGUACUGUUUUUUUGUCUUAAUAGAUGUUAAGAUUUCUUGCAAGUGAGUUAUAGUGAUUAAAACGUCUGUUUGGAAGGGUUAUAUACCUUCAAUUUCACCAUUUUCAUAGCUAACAGUUAGAGUUGUGGUGAGUGAGCUAUAUGUUUUGUAUAAGGAUGUUAUAUAUAUGAUGAACAUGAUGACCAAAGUUUCCAUGGAUCUCAUGUUCUUCAUGUCUGCUUAAUUAUGUAAUAAUCAAGAAUUACUUUUGAUUCA